AAAAGUUUGACUCGUAAUGAAAACUCGUAAUGAAAACAAGAAACUCGUAAUGAAAACAAGAGAUAUGCUGGUUUGUCAUCUGAUCUUCCAGUUAGUGAUCUUCCAACUUAUAGGCAAGUGGUUCAAUAUUCCUACUUUAUUUUAAAAAACAUAAACAGUGUCAGAAAUAUUAAUUCUCCAAAGAUUGUUUUAAAAGUUGCCAGUGACAACUUAUUGAUCUGUGGAGUAGAGUAAAUCCUAAGCUGCCUCUGAUACACGAGAAGUCAGUAACCAAAAAAUGUUUUAGGCUUUUCAUCAAAGUUUUGUCUGCAGAAGGCAAAUUCAAAAAUUCAAAUAAAAACAAGGAGUAUCUUGAUUGCAAUUUUGAGCGUUUAUUUGAUUUGCCAUCAUGUAAUUGUGGACUUCCAGUAAUAGCUUGCAAUGAUAAAUCUGUGAAGUGUAGGAACCAACCAGAUUGCAAGACAACACAUUUUGCUUGUCUCUGUGAAGUUAACAAAAAGGUACCACUAAUAGAUAGAGAAUAUUUGAAGGAUCAAAAAUUGAAAACUGGAACUAUUGGAAGAUUUCAAAUUGGUACGAUUGAUAAAAAAAGCAGUUGCCAUCGAAAAAAGAAAGCGAGACCGUGAAAUUAAUCAGCAGAUAAGAUCUGCUAACUCACUUGUUCCAGAAAUUCAAUGUGAUCAUUAUAUGGAUUGUGAUUUAGAUAAUAAAAAUGACUCAGAAACAGAUCCAGUAUAACAGUAAUGGAGAUCCAGUUGUUGUUGCUGCAAUCAAAGAAGAAUACCAUCUAACAUUUACAUCAGAGAGUGGACCCACAUCACAAAGUUAUUUGACUCAUGUAGUUAUACCUAAUGGAAUUGGUGCAACCAUGGCAAAUGCUACUGCUAAUGUUUUGUUGGAAUUUAACAGUGUUCAGAGUUUAAUUGCGGUUAUUUUAGAUAAUACAAGUUCAAAUACAGGUUGCGAUAGUGGUUUGGUUGUUAAAUUUGAAAAAAUUAUAAACAAAAAUUUACACCUUUUAGGAUGUUUGCUGCAUCAGAAUGAACUUCCACUGCGACAUAUCAUAUCAGAAUUAGAUGGAAAGACAGUUAGUGCUAAUUCUUUCAAAGGGCCAAUCAGGGAGGCUGCAUCUAACCUAAUACUUCAUGAACAGCCAUUGUUUCAAUUUGUACCCAUAAAGUCAGAGGUAGAGUUAUUUGUUAACAAAGAGGUUAUAAGUGAUCUUAGUACAGACCAGCGCAAACUCUAUGAGUAUUGCGCUGGUAUUUCAAAAGGUUUUCUGAAAUUUUUGAAAGGUUUGUUUCAAAAAAAGCAGGACCAGUUUUCCAUGCCAGAUGGCUAACUUUAGCACUCAGAAUUAUGAUGUUACAUGUUAGGACUAAGGAGCCAUCUCUUGAGCUAUUAGCAGUAACUAAGUAUAUUGUGCAAGUGUACUGUGUAAUGUGGUUUGCUAUCAAGCACUCUAGACAAUACAAAGAUGCUUGUCUACUGUAUAAAAAUAUUCCGUUGGUCAAGCUUCAAGAAUGCAGGAUUCAAAGUAUCGAUUUUACCAAUCUCCAGGGAAAUUCAUACUGUUGUUUGCAGGAAAAUUUUCUUUACUGCAUGCUGCAGGAUGAAAAUAUACAUAUAAGAAAUCAAGCUCUUAACCAAAUUCUUAAAAUAAGAAAAUUAAAAGAAGACAUAACUUUCAAAACUCAGCUUAAACCAAAAUCGGUAAUGAAAAUAAAUUUUGAUGCUGGUUCUUGGGACUUUCUUGUUUCAGUUGAUGAGAUUCAAAUUGAGCCACCAGCAACACUUAGCGUUACUUCAGAAAAAAUUAGAGAGGCAUUUGAAUCUGGACAAAAACUUUGCCUAAUUGAUUUUUCAAACAAUUCGCAAUCAGUUGAAAGAGCAGUAAAACUAACCUCUGAAGCUGCUAAGCAGGUUUAUGGUCUAGAAAAAAGACACAAAUUUAUUUUGGCAAAGAACCAAAGUCGAAAAGAGAAUAAGAGAAAUGUAAAAAAAUGUGAUUAUUUUAUAAAAUGAAUAUCUAAUUUUGCAAUUUUCUG